AUGCCUCGAGAGAAAAGUCGUUAUCGGGACCGACGAAGUUCGUCAUAUAGUUCCGAAUCUUCUUAUGAACGAAAGAAAUCAAAAAGCAAACACAAACGCAGAAGUAGAUCCAGAGAUCGAUCCGAAAUAAGUAGUCACAGAAGAAGACGGUCGACUUCUCGAGGUUCUCGUUCAAAAUAUAGAAGAAGAAGUCAUUCUAGAAGUUUAUCUCGAGACAGGGAUAGAUACGAAUCUAAAUCUAGGAGACGUUCAACAUCUCGAUCACGUUCUAAACGAGAUCGAUCCCGUUCCAUCUCGAGCUCAAGAAGUAAAUCAAAACAUACUAAAAAGAAGUCAAAGAAAUCACGUUCUACUAGCAGUCGCUCUUCUUCAUCUGAAAUUGAACACAAUAUUGCAGUUCAUGCCAAAAAGAUCAAUCUUGAUGACAUAGAAACUAAAGUGGAAAAAGCAAUAAAGGCUGCUGAAGCAGUAGGAUUGACUAUGACAAAAAUACCAACUUAUGAAUACAAGGAGGUUGAAAUUAAAGAAGAUAUGCCUACAAUACAUGAUAGAAAUUUGCUGGCAGAGUUGAAUAGUGACUCCUUUGUUCCUAAAUCAUUUACUUCAUCAAGGAAUAAGAAACAUCAGUCACAGAAUAUAGUGAUAGAUUUAAAUUCUCAAACUGUUACUGUACCAGAAACUGAGAAAAAAGUUCAGAAUGAUGACUCAAUAAUUAAUGUUGAUGAAAUACCAAGUGAAGAAGAACUAAAAGAGAUGUGGAUACAAAAGCUAUACCACUACAGGAAGAAAAUGGUUCGAGGCGAAACUUAG